AUGUCCACAUCGUCAGGACGGGACACGGCCGCUGGCUGUGCGUCCCUCGACCAUGCCGCCGUCGCGUCGAAGCUCGUAACCGGUUUGCGGCUCCAGGCAGGGUCCAGUCUCAUCAACGUCCUAUGGUGGUCACUCGACGAUUCCCAUCCCCCGUCACGGAUCCGGCCUCGGUCGUCAGCCGUCGUGCCACUCUAG